AAAAAACAAGCAGUUUCCUUAAGUGUAGUUAGUUCCAUGUAAGCCUAAUGACAGCUGUGGUUUAUCUGUUUGAGAGACCUUGUUCAACUCGCUCGGGUGCAUUUUUCAGUGCACAAGUAAAGAAGAUUACCUCCUGCACGUAGUAUCACAUUCGUUUUGUUUUAGUAUGAUCGGUGGCUGGAUGUUGGCUGGAUUCAGUUUGUCAGGAUGAUGGCGGACAGAGUGUUAAAGCACUCAGAGGAGUGUAAAGAUCCUCCUCAGCUCUUUACAUACUAUCAAGGUGACAUCAACGCUGCAGUGGAUGAGCACUUCUUCCGUGCCCUGAAUAAAGCAACCACACCAAAAGACCUCAGUACUAAAGCCAAGGACAGCAAUAGGAUUCCCAAAUCUGAUGUUCCCUCAUCAUCAUGGGCUUCUUCUGGUCUAACAUGGUCUAAGUCCACACACUCUUCCGGCUCCUCAAAUCUGGCCCAGUUGAUAACCAUGAAACCUCCACCUCCAUCCCAGGGAGAUAUUGUGAAUCCUUCAGUACUGUCACCAUCAUCAUCAUCAUCCUCCUCCUCCUCGUCCCUCUGGCCAUGUCCACCCAGACAGGGCACAGCCUUCGAACUGCCUCAAAUACUCUACCAACAGCCCAUGGCUGCUGAGAGCAGUGCCAGCUCUUACCUGGACCUGUUACAAAUGGAUCGGCCAACAGGGGGCAUCAUGAUCUCGCCCUUCUCAAAAUCAGAAACCAGACCAGAGUGGAAUUCUGGGACGACCUUUAAGGAUGGAAGCAGGAUAGGCCUAGAUUCAGGUGUGCCUGUGUCAGAAAUCAGUAAGGAUUUGUACUGGUAUUGAAGAAGCGAUCUCUGGCUCUAUGACGAAAAUAUAUUUUCAGCACAAGACUGUCUGUGUUUGCAUUAUUAUGUAAGCUUAAGAAUGCUGUGGUUUUUGGUCACCUGGAAGAGUGACUCAAACCAUUAUAUUCAUGUUGUCAGACAUUCCUCAGCGAUGAAUGGCAGGUAAUUGCUUGAUUUAGCCUGUGAGCAUGUGCAUAAGCUAUCUUGUAGUAGGUCAUAAGUGAGAAUACCUGACUGCAAAGAGUUCACUUCUCUUAGCUGUUUAAUGGGUGAAUGAGGUUUAAAAUCUAUUUAUAUGAUUUGUAAUACAUUUAUAGUUUUACCAAACUUUCUUUGUGUAUAGUAUUCUGUGUUUUGAACAUUAAUAUUAUUACUAUAGACCAUAAUUUUCCCAAUGCAAAAACUAUAUUGUCAUUUGUCAAGAAAUAUAUUCAUUAAAUUUACUUUUUAAAUGAAACUUUUCUCUUUCAUACCUUGAGGGAUGAACAACCCUUCAAAACCUCAUCAACAAGUGUGUCAAGUCUCUAGAUCAGGUUACACAGAAGGCCAAGUAAAGCUGAUGCAAUGGUAAAAGUGAACUCACAUGAGCAAACCAAAAAUAAAUUUCUUUAAAACUGU